UAUACCAGUUUCUGCCUCCACCAAUGAUGUAUAAAGAAUCUCUUCCUCUACACCAUGAGCAUUCUAAAAUGCGAAAAAUAGUAUCUCAAUGUAGUGCAAAGACUAGUCUACAGUUCGUUUACCAAGCAAAAGUUGGGGGUCGCUGGUUCCCAGCCGUCUGCGCACACAGCAAGAAGCAAGGCAAGCAGGAAGCAGCAGAUGCGGCCCUCCGCGUCUUGAUUGGGGAGGACGAGAAGGCAGAGCGCAUGGGUUUCACAGAGCUUCCUCUCACAGGCAGCACCUUCCACGACCAGAUAGCCAUGCUGAGCCACCGGUGCUUCAAUGCUCUCACCAACAGUUUCCAGCCCUCCUUGCUUGGCCGCAAGAUCCUGGCUGCCAUCAUCAUGAAGAAAGACUCUGAAGACCUGGGUGUCGUGGUCAGCUUGGGGACAGGGAAUCGCUGUGUGAAAGGAGAUUCUCUAAGCCUAAAGGGAGAAACCGUCAAUGACUGCCACGCAGAGAUCAUCUCCCGGAGAGGCUUCAUCAGGUUUCUCUACAGCGAGUUAAUGAAGUACAACCCCCAGACUGCGAAGGAUAGUAUAUUUGAGCCUGCUAAGGGAGGAGAAAAGCUCCAAAUAAAAAAGACCGUGUCGUUCCAUCUCUAUAUCAGCACGGCCCCAUGUGGCGAUGGUGCCCUCUUUGACAAGUCCUGUAGCGACCGUGCUGUGGAGAGCACAGACUCCCGACACUACCCUGUUUUUGAGAAUCCCAAACAAGGCAAGCUCCGCACCAAGGUAGAGAACGGAGAAGGCACAAUCCCAGUGGAGUCCAGUGACAUUGUGCCCACGUGGGAUGGCAUUCGGCUGGGGGAGAGACUCCGAACCAUGUCCUGUAGUGACAAGAUCCUGCGUUGGAACGUGCUCGGCCUGCAGGGGGCGCUGUUGACCCACUUCCUGCAGCCUGUGUAUCUCAAAUCCGUCACACUGGGUUACCUUUUCAGCCAAGGGCAUCUGACCCGUGCCAUUUGCUGUCGUGUGACAAGAGAUGGGAGUGCGUUUGAGGAUGGACUCCGACAUCCCUUCAUUGUCAACCACCCCAAGGUUGGCCGAGUCAGUGUAUACGAUUCCAAGAGGCAAUCCGGGAAGACCAAGGAGACAAGCGUCAACUGGUGUUUGGCUGACGGCUAUGACCUAGAGAUCCUAGAUGGGACCAGAGGCACCGUGGAUGGGCCACGGAAUGAAUUAUCCCGGGUCUCCAAAAAGAACAUUUUCCUUCUAUUCAAGAAGCUCUGCUCCUUCCGGUACCGCAGGGAUCUACUUAGACUCUCCUAUGGUGAAGCCAAGAAAGCUGCCCGUGACUACGAGAUAGCCAAGAACUACUUCAAAAAAAGUCUGAAGGACAUGGGCUACGGGAACUGGAUAAGCAAACCCCAGGAGGAAAAGAAUUUUUAUCUCUGCCCAGUGUAGUGUGAUCCGGUGACUGAUGGGUCAGGGUGUUUCACACUGGGGUGAGAGAGAGAGGUCGUAGCAUUCCUCAUCACAUUGGUCAAGGGUUUUUGGUUUUUGGUUUCCUUUUUGUUUUGUUUUGUUUUUGUUUUUAAAUGGAACCACAAUUGGUAACACUGAGAAAUUUGGGUUCCUGUUUUUCCUGCUUUCUUUGGGAUUACUAGGCCAGGUCUAGCCAUCCCCCUUCUCUUUUCCCAAGCAGAGGGGUAGAAACCUAAGGGCAGAGGGAAGGGGUUGUUCCUUCUUUGCGCCCACUUCCUCUUCCUUCUUCGUUUUUUCCUGUUUCCGUCCCCUUUGUGUUUGCUACACUGACCUCUUGUGGUCUCGAUUAGGUUCCAGUCAACAGUGUGAAUCAUGCCAGGGACUGAUGAUUUUUCAUUUGUGGCUUCUGAGGCCCCUCUGCUUCCCCUCCUCCCCUUCUGAGAUUCCUUCUUCAUGAUCAUUAAGUUCUACCUUUUCCUCCAAGAGGGUAAGGAGGUGAACUUAAAGAAUUUGGUGAAACAUUGAUAAGGGCAGGAGUUUAAAACGGCAGUCAGCUUGUUACCAGUGCCAAGCGUGAUCAGAAUCUGCAGAUAAUGCUCAGUCACCUUCAGAUCGUGCACUUUAGCUGGCUUGGGAGGGGCCCAGAGGCAGGGCAGGCUGCUGCCUGGGACAUGCAUCCCUUCCGCAGGUGGCAGGGAAGGCUGGGACCAGCCAGACGGGGCUAAAGGAGUUGCCCGAGCAAUAGGGGAAGUCUGCCCUGCAGAGGUGACACAGACCACUUCCUGGGGAAGCAGACAUGUCUUGGAAUGUUGCCAAGCUCCCAGCUGUCCCUCCUAAAGCAUUGCUAGGAAUUUGUCCUACCAAUGGGGGAAGUAGCGCCACAGACCCCAACCAACUGGUAGGAAAAAACCCAGGAUAAAUCCUAGAGGGUAAAUCAUUUCUGCUCAGAUAAUCAGGACCUAGCAGGAAUAAGGGCAAAAAAUCAUGUUGGGUCAGAUCACUGUUCCACCCAGCAUGUUUCUUAUGACAGUGACACCAAGGGAAGGUGAUUAAGUCAUGGGUAAAUUGGGAGUUUUAAAAAGAAUGCUGUAAAUGUUGAUUCCUAACAGCUACAGAUAACCUGUAAUUGCACAGAUUUAAAAGUCAGAUGUCAUUUGCCAUUGAUUAACCAAGUGCUUUUGUUUCGCCUGAUAGCUUCAGAAGGUUGUUUGUGGGCGGGUCACAGACCUGAGGUCUCCCUGCCUGCUAGGGAAUCUUUAUAGGGUUGACAUUCAACAGUAGUUCUAGGUGAAAGGGCAGGUUGUCCUAAAACUCUGUGAGAUGGGACCCUUGGUCUACACCUCAAGGUACUGUGGACUCUUGUCAGAGCCUUCGACUCUCUGUGGGGUCUGGCUCUGGGCCUAAGCCAGCCAGACAUGCUCAAGAAAAGUACAGAGGCCCUGCCCCCUCCAGGCCUGAGCCUGCCUCUUCCCUCAGGAUGAUUCCUCUAUCGUAUCUGUGAACAUGCCGAGCCAGUGCCCUCAGACGAUUUUCCGUCCUCCCCCACACCCCGCAAGCUCCUGACUAGUUAACCCCCCCGUCUGUCCCACCUCUUCAGCGGUGGAUACAUCCGCAUCCACACAUUUAUUCUUGUGGCUACCGUUCUCUCUGUACUUUUGACCAAAGUGAGAAAACGUAAGUCUUUAAAUACACUAAGGAUAUCUUUGCGGAACACCAAAGUGUCCCAAGGAACUAGGAGGGAAACCGUGCCUGUCUUCUCGGGGGGAAGGGGCCUGCCCCCAAGUCCUGUGAAUCACCUGAUGGCACACAAAAUCAGUCCUGCCCCAGGAGGCAGCUCAUCUCCCUAGUUCUUCAGGCUAGAGGGUAUCACCUACUGAUUCCUCGGCAUGUUCGGCCCCUGUGGACCGUCUUGGGCAUUGGAAUCUCCUGCAGAGCUCAGACUCGGCUGCCUCUUCUUUAACCGGGAGCACGGGCACUCUCAAAAGGUCAGAGCCCCUGCUUGCCCCAAGAUCUUGUCUAGCAAACUUACAGUAUUCAGCUUCUGUUGUAGGGAGAGAGCAAGGCUUCCCUGUACCCAUGCAUCUGCUGGAAACAAGCCUGUGUCAGGCCCUGCGCGGCCGUGCCCACCCCUGCCCCUCUGAGUCACAUGGGACAGAGGCAGAACUCCCACCUAGAGUGUUCUCUUCACUUUUUCGUCCAAUCUUUGUUUUUAGUAAGCAAGACCUUUUUCUUUUUUUUAAUGAUCUUUGUAGUUGAUUUGUCUGAACUGUGGCUAUUGUGCAUUUUUUGAAUAAUCACUUGUAAAAACUGUCACUGCUUCAAGCUAUUUCCUUUACUCAUGUUGAAGGGAUUUUGCUGGUUUUGGGGGUCUUGGUAGUAACUCCAAGAGCAGAGUGGGGAAGAGCCCAAGCGUAGACUUGGGUGCCACGAUGGGUGCAGUCAGUUUUAUGAUUCCACUUUUAUGUGUCCCUUGGUAAAAGUGACUAACAAUAUACAUUCCUCGUAAAUAAAAAAAAAGAAGAAUCUGAA